AUGGCUAAUCAACAGAACGCACUAUCCAAGAUGUCCUUCAGCAUAGAAGAACUCUCGAAGAGCAGCAGGGUCUCAGAUCCCAUCUUUACUGAUGCAGUUGUAAACCGUAUCCACGACAUAUAUUUACCAAACAGCAGCCAGUCAUGUACAGCAGAUAAAGCGCUUUCUCUUAUCAACUCAGCUCAACGUACUCAAUACAAGAGGAAACACGUAGACGACUCAUUACAUUCUGAUGACAACAGCUUCAGCUCAACAGACUCAUCAUCAAGAGAUUGUAUUUCACCUGGUUCAUACUCAGACGACUCAGACAAGUCUGACCAACCAAAGAAAAGAGUCAGAACUUCCUACACAAACUCACAACUGUUAGAACUAGAAAAAUACUACAGUAACAGCAAAUACCUCCAGCUUGAAGAUCGCCCAGUGCUUGCCAAGAAACUCAAACUCAGUCAACAUAAGAUUAAAUGGUGGUUCCAGAAUCGAAGAAUGAAAGAAAAGCGUCACAUCAAGAGUACAAGCUACAACGAUUCACCAGAGUUGUCACAGUUUGUUGGUGUAGGUAAACCUGGUUCCCGAAUGAUCACAACAAUGGAAUCCAAUGGUAACCUCAGUCAGCAGUCAUACUCACCAUUUCCUGUGGUCUCGCCUUAUACGUAUGGUAUGUCACCGUUUGUGUAUCCUGGUUAUAGUCAGCAGUUCUACGGCAGCGUAUUUCCACAGGCAGUGCAAUAUAAUAAGAUUUGA